AUGACUUUCAUGAACAGAGAGUUUAUUGCAAGGCCAUGUGCACUAGGUCUGAAAAUCCAGGCCAACGGGCCGCAGAAAGCUCAGCCCAACGCCAUUCUGGAGAAGGUCUUCACUGCCAUCACCAAGCACCCCGAUGAGAAGAGGUUAGAGGGUCUGUCCAAGCAGCUGGACUGGGACGUGAGGACCAUCCAACGCUGGUUCAGACAUCGACGCAACCAGGAGAAACCGAGCACACUGGCGCGCUUCUGCGAGAGCAUGUGGAGGUUCACGUUUUACCUGUACAUAUUUACGUACGGUGUGCGCUUCCUGAAGAAGAGCCCGUGGCUGUGGAACACCCGAGAGUGCUGGUACAACUACCCCUAUCAGCCGUUAACCGUGGAUUUGCAUUACUACUACAUACUGGAGCUGUCCUUCUAUCUGUCGCUGCUCUUCUCGCAGUUCACAGACAUCAGAAGAAAGGACUUUCUCCUGAUGUUCCUGCAUCAUGUGGCCACCAUCUCUCUGAUCACCUUCUCGUAUGUGAAUAACAUGGCUCGGGUGGGAACGCUGGUCAUGUGUCUGCACGAUGCUGCCGACGUCCUGCUGGAGUAUUGCAGGAUUUUAAACACCACUGUGUUUGAGAGCUGGGAGAUCGUGGGGCCGUACCCGUCGUGGUGGGUGUUUAACGUGCUGCUCGUCCUGCUGCAGGCCCUGCACACCUUCUGGUCGUAUCUCAUAGUGCGCAUCUCCUGCAGGGCCAUCUCCAGAGGAAAGGCGGGAAAAUGGAAUCCUUUACAUGUGUCAAAGGAUGACCGCAGUGACAUUGAGUCCAGCUCUGAUGAAGACGAGGUUCUUCCUCCUCCUCAGAAACACCACACUAACGGGACCAACGGCGCCCACGGCACCAACGGCUACCUGUCCUCGUCCCCGUGCCCAGACGAACACUAACCGUCCGCCCAGCAUGGAGGGCGUUUCACCGAGCCCCAGCUGCAUCACUCUCCGUUGUGUCAAAUCAUGUAUGAACAUUACCGGUCCCGUACUGGAACUUCUCAAUAAUGUGAAUGCGGUUCUGUUUCGGUUGCUCGCUUUUCACCAUUCCAGAUGUUUUGCGUUCCAUUCGUUGGCUUUUGUUUUUGUGGUUGUUUAUCCUGCGACAUUCGUUAUCGAAGCACCUUUUAGAUUCAGUGCGGCUCACGCUUUUCUUUCGAGCAAGUGAAUGAAAGCAUUGUUCUUUAUUUCAUAAUCACGUGAGCAUGCUGCUGCGGUCAACUAAUCUGGCAUCAUGGCAACAAUAGUUUUCUUGGAUUAGUGUUAUUUUCUAUUUAUUAAAAGGAACACUCCACUAUUUUU